AUGGACGCGUUGCUUCAAUCCCUCCCUUCCUCUGAGGGUCUUUUGCCCAAAUGGCUGGUCAUCGUCUCCGUCGUCUCCGCGGUCAAUAGUCUGCAAGCCUACGCCUCCGCCGAUUACACCUCGAAGCUCUACACCAAUGGCACUCGUCCCGUAGAGGCUCUGUCCGGUCGCGUCUUUGGUACCUGGACCUUCCUCUCAGCUGUCGUGCGCUUCACCGCUGCCUACAACAUCGAUAACCCGGUCGCGUACAAUCUCGCCAUGUGGACUUAUGGCAUUGCAUUGACGCACUUCUUGGGAGAAUUCGUGUUCGGCAAUGCCAGCUUAAAGGGCCGUGCCAUGAGCCCUUUGCUUGUGGCGUCUUCCUCGCUGGUUUGGAUGCUGACCCAGCGGGAGUUCUACCUGGGUGCAUAA